CACAUCAACCGUCGAAAUUCAAUUGAAAAAUGACACAAUAUUUCCAGAUUGAAUCUCUUUUUCUAAAUGAUUUUUAUCUAACGCUCUAUCCAAAGUGGUCAUUAAUAAAUGAAUGGUUUGGAUUACUGAACCGAGGUCCUCAAUUGUCAUAAAUCAAAACACGUGUAUACCAUGGAAAGACAUGGACCACACGUAAUCACAUAUAAUGGUCCAGACCACCACCGAAAAAAAAAAAAAGGGGGGAAAUAAAGAAAAAGCAGUAAAAGCGAGCCCAACUGGAAAUGGAGGAGAUGAUGAUGGAAGGCCAUGAAGGCGUCAUCAGCCCCACCACCAUCAACGGCCCUCCUUUAUCAAGCUCCUGCUGGAAAUUCUACCAAAACCCAUGCUUUCAUUCCCCCUACUACCACCAUCACCAACAUUACCAGCAACAAACCCAUCGUUCUUACAUCAAUCUCCCUCUCUCCGCCCGCAAGCUCGCCGCUUCCUUCAGCCACCACAUCUCCUUCUUCCACCACCCCAUGAGCCCCUUUCCUCCUUCCAUGCACUCCGACCUCGAUAUCGCCCGGACCCACAUGGCGGAAUUGACGGCCGAGAUCGAAUUCGAGCGGAGGCUGCGGAAACAAGCGGAGUCGAUGAAUAAGCGGCUGGCGAGAGAGGUUCUGGAGGAGAGGAGGAAGCGGGAAGCAAUGGAGCGUGCCUGUGAGGAGCUCGCGAAGGAGAUUGCCUGUAUGAAGGAGGAGAUCGAUGAGAUGAAGAGAGAAAUGGAAGAAGAGAGAAAGAUGCUGAGGAUUGCUGAGGUCUGGAGGGAAGAGAGAGUGCAGAUGAAGCUCUCCGAAGCGAGGAUUUUCAUGGAGGAGAAAAUGCUAGAGCUGUCCAAGGUGAAGGCCGAGGAGGAGGGAGAGGUCGAGGUUAAAAGGGAGGAGGGCAUUUUGGGGAUUGGCGAUUUGGGCGGGGGUAUUUGUGGGAAUUCGGCUCGGUCACCAACUAAACGGAAGGGGUCUCUUGAAGUGGAGAAUCCUCACAUAAGGAGAGGGAUCAAAGGGUUCGUGGAGUUUCCGAAGGUGGUUCGAGCCGUGGGUUCGAGAGGGAGGCAGCUGGGUUCGAAGCUAGAGUGUCAGAAGGCUCAGCUCCGGCUUUUCUUGAGGCAGAAGAACCCGGUCGGGUUGGGGGUUGCUGGACCGGAUAACGUCCGGCUCGUUAUGGGAUAAUGAUUUUGGGGUUGCAAGGGUUUUCGGUUGAAGAAGACUGUAGAUGGACCGAAAUAGUCGUGGCAUGGUCUAUCAAGGUGGUAUCAACAGAUUAAUGGUUUGCAUUAUGAACCAUAGGUGAUAUUUUUUACAAAUUGAGAAGUCGAGUAAACAUCCAUAUCAUUGGGUCGAGGAUCGUGUAAAUCCUAUGCUUAAGUUGCUGAAAGUUGUUGUGAAAAGGGGAGGAAAAUGGCUUGUAAUUUGUUUAUAUGGAUAUUGUAAUUCAUGAAUGUGGACCGUCUUUAUUUAUACAGUUUUUACAAUAAUCAAAAGCUUAUCUUUUUGAAA